AUGACAUGCACUUGCGAAGUUUGAUGUGUUGUGUAAUGUGUCACAUUUUUUUAUUGAUUCGUAGGAAAUAACCGUAAAUCGGACUUGUGUUUUUGAGAAUUAGUAUGCCUCAUAUAGUUUAAUGUUAAUGAAUCACCGAAGAAUAUGUAAAACAUAACUUUCUUAAUAAUAAGUGAAUAAUUUUAGGGCAUAUGUAAAAUGUCCAAAGCUACUGAUAGCGAAUUAAAACUCAUACUUCCCAAAAAUGGUCAACUGAUAAUUGAGGAUUCCCAAGAGCUCCUUAUGUGUAAACCUCGGUUGAUACCUCUCAAAAGUUACACAUUGGAGAAGUUGGAGAAAAUGCAACAAGAGGUGCAAAAAUUGCAAAAGGAACAAAGUAAUAGCACACCUUCUUCGCAGAACUAGACUUUUACCACAAGUUAUGCAAAAUGACUUACACAGCUAUAAUAACGAAAAUCAUCUUAUCUUUCGUUCUUGCUGCUAGUAUUCUAUACCGGUAUGGGAACUGGUUUCGUCACCACAUAUUUGUGACGCUUGUAGUAUUAUUGGCCUGGUAUUUUAGCUUUUUAAUUAUAUUCGUUUUACCUUUGGACGUCAUUAACACUGUGUACCGUCAGUGCACUUCUGCCGAGCACAUUAUAGUUAAUGUGAGCGAUGUCGCUAACCUUUCAAUCGAUGGGACUCUUCCUUGCGAAGAACCUUGGAGUCAUGUGCCUGAGAAGGUUUUUCCGAAUUUGUGGAGAACUGUCUACUGGUCAUCUCAAUGUCUAACAUGGUUACUGAUGCCUAUGAUGCAAUCGUACAUUAAGGCGGGCGAUUUUACGAUAAAGGGAAAACUAAAAUCUGCCGUUAUCGAUAACGCCAUCUACUACGGAUCGUACUUAUUCAUUUGCGGAAUUUUACUUAUCUAUUUGGCAUUGAAGCCCGGCGAAAAUUUGGACUGGCCGAAGCUGAAGGCAAUCGCAUCUUCUGCAAGUAACACCUGGGGUUUAUUUUUGCUCGUCUUGCUACUGGGCUAUGCAUUGGUGGAAGUUCCCAGAGGAUUGUGGAACAAUUCCAAUUAUAUGUAUGUGGUAAACUACGCAUAUUUUAAAGCUGCUAAGCUUAGCUCGGAUAAAUGUGAGGCCGAGGAGACUGUCGAUGAUGUGUUGGAGUCACUGCAAGCUAUAUCUCUAUCCAUUCGUCCUGGACAUGCUUUACAUCACAAUUUGGAAACGAUUUUACAUAAAGUGCCGAUUGAACUUCGUGAUCGCAUGAGCAGAAGACAACUACCGGAUGACACUCCCCUAGAUGUUCCAUCAGAAAAGUCGCUUAUCAGAUUGCACAAGCAGGUCAUCAAAUCACUUCAAGUGCUUCAACGAACUGAAACUCAAUGGAAUAUACUCGUCGAAAAAAUAUUCGAUCUUGAAGAUGUGCUUAAAAAUCUGACGUCGAUGGAUCGGAGAUUUAAACCUACUUUUCCUAAACCAAAAUCGACUCUUGUGAGAUAUAUUUAUACCCCUCUUGCAGAGUGGUAUUGGAAGUGUUUUUUUCGUUGUUACGUGCAGAAGGUGCUAGCGGUGCUCGCUGCAAUUCUGUCUGUUGCCGUUGUAUGGUCAGAAGUUACCUUUUUUAAUAAGGAACCUCCCUUAUCAAUUUUUGCUAUUAUUGUCUCAAACUUAAAGUACGAUUAUUGUACUAUUGAGGUAAGUAAGUAUAUUCAAUUUGAUGUAUAAAUCUAAAGUACCCGC